AGGCUUGCUUGCCCCCUCGGGCUUCUAUAUCUUUCUUCUUUCUCCUUCGACAGCGACAGUGAUUCAAUUCUGCGGAGAAAUUAAAGAAAAAAAAUGAAAAUUUUCGUGAAGACUCUCAAGGGCUCUCACUUCGAAAUCGAAGUGAAACCAGAAGAUACGGUUGCUGAUGUCAAGAAGAGCAUUGAGACUGUUCAAGGAUCAGAUGUUUAUCCUGCUUCCAAGCUGAUGCUUAUCCACCAGGGAAAAGUUCUUAAAGAUGGAACAACCUUGGAGGAGAAUAAAGUUGCUGAAAAUAAUUCUGUUGUGGUCAUGAUAUCUAAGAGCAAGAGCACAUCUGGAGAAGGUUCAGCAUCAGCUACACCUACAACCAAGCCUUUGCAGGAAUCAUCACAGGCAAGCAACCCACCUGUUAGCUCAACUCCUGCAUCUACAAAUACUGCGCCCGCUCCUCCUGCAGUAACCCCUGCCCCCACCCCUGCACCCGUUGCAACUGCAGGAUCAGAAGAAGAUGUCUAUGGUCAAGCAGCUUCUAACUUGGUCGCAGGAAACAACCUUGAGUCAGCAAUUCAGCAGAUUCUUGACAUGGGUGGGGGAACCUGGGAUCGGGACACUGUAGUUCGCGCUUUGCGUGCUGCUUAUAACAAUCCUGAGAGGGCUGUUGAAUAUUUAUAUUCUGGUAUCCCCGAGUCAGCUGAAGCUCCUCCUGCAGGAGGAAACCCACCCAUAGUGCAAGCUGCAAACCAACCAGCUCAACCUCUGCAAGCUACAGAACCUGUACCCGUUCCUUCAAGUGGACCAAAUGCAAACCCUUUAGAUUUAUUUCCACAAGGUCUUCCAACCAUGGGUUCCAACACAGGAGGUGCAAACUCCUUAGAAUUUUUACGCAAUAGCCAACAGUUCCAAGCCUUGAGAGCAAUGGUUCAAGCCAACCCACAAAUAUUGCAGCCCAUGCUUCAGGAGCUGGGAAAACAGAAUCCCCAUUUAAUGAGGCUUAUACAGGAGCACCAGGCUGAUUUUCUUCGCCUUAUCAAUGAACCUGUUGAAGGAGGAGAAGGCAACAUACUUGGGCAGCUUGCAGCAUCAAUGCCUCAGGCUAUUCAAGUAACACCCGAGGAGCGUGAAGCAAUAGAACGUCUUGAAGCAAUGGGAUUUGAUCGAGCGCUUGUACUAGAGGUAUUCUUUGCUUGCAACAAGAACGAGGAAUUGGCAGCCAACUAUCUGUUAGAUCACAUGCAUGAGUUCGAGGACUGAUGUUGGAAGUAAAGUUCGGUGACCUCUCGGUUUUUAAUAUAACUAUUAUUAUCCGCAUCUCUUUCUCAUGCUCACCACCGUACAUGCAUUAGUUUCCGAUUAGCAUCUUCUGCGUCCGUGUGCACUGUGCAGUGUAAAAACCCAAAAUAAUUGUAACUAUAUUUCCUGUUUUGACUUGUGUCUUCUUCAGCUAUCUUCUUGUUUUCUAUAAUUAGAACUGUCUUAUUAUAUAUCAAUGUUUGGUACCGUGUCA